GACUUCAAACAAGUGGAACUGUUUCCGCCUCUCCGCGUGUUGUCUGUGCGGAGCGACACCAUGCCUCCCAAAAACAAAGGCUCGGCUAAAAAGCCCGCAAAGCCCCGGACGCCCACUCUGAUCGAUGGCCUCACCAAGGAGGAGCUGUCCAAGGAGCAGAUGGAGGAGCACAUUGUGGGCCUUCGAGAGGAGCUGGAUCGAGAGAGGGAGGAGCGGAACUACUUUCAGCUGGAGAGGGACACGAUUCAAAACUUCUCGGAGAACACAAAGAGAGCGCUGCAGGAGAUGAAGGCUGAAAUGAACAACCUAGACAAGGACAUUGAAGAGGAUGAGAGGUGCCACCAAGUAGAGAUCAAGGUGUUCAACCAGAAGAUGAAGCACCUCCUUUGUGAACACCAGAACACGAUCUCGGAGUUGAGAGCAAAUGCUGUAGUCUCGACUGAAAUGCAGCAGAAGGAACAAGACACAUUAGAGUUUGAGCUUCAUAAGAGAAUGAAGGCCAUCAAGGUCCAGAUGGAGGAGAUUAACGAUGAAAACCUUGUCAAGGACCUUGAACUGAAACAUGCUGAAGAAAUGACUGAAGUGAAGGACAAAUUGGAGAAGCAACUCAGAGAAACUGAAGCUGUGUAUGAAGGAAAAACUACGUUUCUGCUACAAGAGCUGGAAAACAUGAGGAAAAAUGGGAUCAGUGAGAAAGAGGAUCACUGGAACAGCCACAUCGAUGUUCUGGUAUCCGACCACAACAAAGCUCUCAGGGAAGCUAGUGAGCUGGUGAAAGACUUACAACAGGCUCUGGAGGGGAGUGAUUCAUUCAAGACACAAAUGAAAGAAAUGAAGACGAAACAGAAGCAGGAGGAAAAGGACCUGAUCCUUGUUUUGCGUGAUAACAAACGUCUUGCUGAGCAACUCUCGAAAGCUGAAGAGGAAAUUGCUGAAAAGAAGAAAAAAAUGAAACACAGCGCAAUGAAAAAGGAGGACACCAAAGAAAAGAUCGUAGAAAAGAAGAUGAAUGAUCUGAAACAGGAUUACGAGACGCUGAAAGAGACAUUCAACAAGCUUCAGCUUGAGAGGGACGAGCUGUACGAGAGGCACUCUCAGUCUGUUCAGAAGGCACAGCACAAAGCCGAUCUGAAGAACAUGCAGCUGGAGACGAAGCUGAAAGCUCUCACAGACAAUCUGGAGAAGACAAACGCUCAGCUCCACUCUGUGCUCACUUCCUCUAACAUGGACCAGACAGGCCUUCGUGAGGUCAUAAACAACAUUCAGGAAAACCCUGACUCCGACAAUAACACCAUCAAGAUCUUACAGUAUAAAAAACAUCAGAUUUCCAAGGCGCGUGAGGAUUUGCUGCUAUACUACAAGGCCAAGCUAAGGGCUCUCGGUGUCCCAGUGGAGGAGCUUCAUGCUGAGCCCUUUGAGAGCAGUCGUACUGGAAAAAUUCGAGGACGGGCCUUAGAUAUUGGCUUUGCCCAGAAGUGAGAAAACAGACAUUUUAGAUAAAAAAAACACCAUCAGCAAAGCUCUGAUGCAGCAUGAAGGGACUGUUUUCUUAAAGAAAAGCUGCUCAAAUUGAAAACAUGCAUUUACAUUUUUUAAGAAAAGGUAAUUGUAGCUUUAAUAAGCAACAUGUUGUUGUUUCAAACUAUAAAAAAUUAUUUACACAGUGGUGCAUUGAGCUGGAUACCUCACAGCAAGUUUGCGUGUUCCUCAAUUGCCGGCUUGAACCACCUCCGGGUGCUCUUCCAGUCUCUAAGACUUUAUCCAAACUUUAUGUAGUUUGGCUUUUUCUUGACGGAAAUUGUACUUUAUUGAUUCUUGAUGUUCUGGGUUUUGUACCCUCAUGGUUGAAUGAACUUAUUGUAGGUCGCUUUGGAUAAAAGCGUCAACUAAAUGAAAUGUAAUGUAAUCAGAUUGUCAGGUUGAUUGUCAGUAUAUUGUUUGAUUGGGAGUAGAUCCUGGGGGCAAGUGAAGUCGAGUCUGUUGAUACUUAA